AUGGCCACAACCAUUGACCUCCGCCCGCGCCUCGACAUUCCCGCCUUCGCGUCCCACGGGUCCAGAACCACCGCCCUCGGCUCCGACGCCCAACUCUACUCGCUGGCCAUCUUCCUCGGAAGCGCCGCCAUGCUCCUCAUCGUCCUCUACCACUUCCUCGAAGUCAACUCCGAAGAGCACGCCGAGCUCCAGAAGCCCAAGCCCGCAGCCAAGGUCAAGGCGUAG